AUGGUCGCCGACACCGCCUACUAUGAGGCCCUGGGGGUGCCUCCCACGGCCUCCCAGUUGGAGAUCAAGAAGGCCUAUCGCAAACUGGCCAUCGUGACUCACCCUGAUAAGAACCCCGGCGAUGAGACCGCCCACGUGCGAUUCCAAGCGAUCGGAGAGGCCUACCAGGUUCUGAGCGACGAGAAGCUACGAGAGCGCUAUGAUAAGUUUGGCAAGGAAGAGUCGGUUCCGGGUGGUGGUUUCGAGGACCCGUCCGAGUUCUUCAGCAUGAUCUUCGGUGGCAGCGCGUUCGUCGACCUCAUCGGUGAAAUCUCCCUGAUGAAGGAUCUGACCGCCACGAUGGAUAUCACCAUGGAACAGAUGGAGGAGGACGAGCUCGCCGCGUCGGCCGAGGAAAAGCUGCACGUUCACGACGAGGAGACCAAGACCGGUCACACCGCCGAAGAGACCGCGGCGUCGUCGAGCACCCAGCCCGACAGUAAGCCGGCGGAGGCCCCCGCGGCUGCCCCGGCUGCGGCGGCCCCGGUCGAUUCCGACGCGGGUUCCGGCACCGGCCCCGCCCGUCGCCGUCUGGGCCAGCAGGCCCUCAUGGACAAGUCGGAGGAGGAAGCGCGGAUGGAGGCAGCUGGACUGUCCCCUGAAGAGAAGGAGCUGCGGAAGAAGGAGAAGAAGAAGGGCUCGUUGACCAAGGAGCAGCAGGACCGUUUGACCGCCUACGAGAACGAACGGAAGAAGGCCCGCGAGGAGCGUGUCGAUGCGCUGACGGCGAAGCUUGUGGAUAAGAUUAGCGUGUGGACCGAGACCGACAAGGGCAAGGAUGUCACCCGCGCCUUCGAGGAGAAGAUCCGUCUCGAGGUGGAGAACCUCAAGAUGGAGUCCUUUGGCUUGGAGAUCCUGCACGCCGUGGGCGCCACCUACACCCAGAAGGCCACCUCGUUCCUCAAGUCGCAGAAAUUCCUCGGCAUCUCCGGGUUCUUCUCGCGACUGAAGGACAAGGGCACGCUGGCCAAGGAGACGUGGACGACCAUCUCGACGGCGAUCGACGCGCAGAUGACCAUGGAGGAGAUGGCCAAGAUGGAGGAGCAGGGCGGGGAGGACUGGACCGACGAGAAGAAGGCCGAGUACGAGAAGCGCGUGACGGGCAAGAUCCUGGCGGCCGCGUGGCGGGGCAGCAAGUUCGAGAUCCAGAGCGUGCUGCGCGACGUGUGCGACAACGUCCUGGGAGACAAGCGCGUCAAGCUGGACAAGCGCAUUGAGCGGGCGAAUGCGAUGCUCCUGGCGGGUAAUAUCUACUCUAUGGCCGAACGUGAUCCCGACGAGGAGGGUGACUACAUGGCGUUCGAGCAGUUGAUGACGGAUGCGAUGCAGAAGAAGGGCAAGGAGGAGAAGAAGAAGAAGAAGGGCAAGAAGCACGACCAUGACCAUGAUCACCACGAGCAUGGAGAGCAUCACGAGGCGGAAUAAGAGGCUGUUGUCUCGUCCUCGUUGAUAUGUUUUGUCCCUUGCUCGUCAUGAAUCAUUGGAUAGGUGAUUCCUGCGUGGGCAUUUGCUUCCUGUAGCGAUUCGUGUUGGAGAAUGUGCAUGUUACCGUACAGUUAAUUAGAACAAUCCUGAUCGUUUGUAC